UUCAUGAAAUAGUUGCCAUGUCAAAGAAACAAAAUGGCGUCCGUUUUUGCUUAAGAAAGUUUUAAAGUUGCAGAAAAAAUGGCAGAAGUACACAUAAUCGGAGAGAUUGUCGGGGCAAGUGGCUUUCCCUCGCAUAAUUUAUAUUGUAAAUGGUCAGUUCAUGUCGAAGGAUCGUGGCGUUUGUUAGCUGGGGCGAAAGAAGGUCAAACACAAGUUGAUAACCCUCAGAACGAGGAGUGUGCAAAAUGGUGUCAUCCUAUCGACUUACAUUUUGCAACGAACGGUCUCAAGGGCUGGCCGAAGUUUCAUUUUCAAGUGUGGUAUCAAGACAGCUUUGGCAGAAAUCAGAUCUACGGUUACGGGUUUUGUCACGUCCCUACAUCGCCGGGAACUCAUGAUAUCGACUGUGUAACAUGGAGGCCGUCUGGAUCUUGGAAAGAACAAGUGCGCUCGUAUUUUCUUGGUGGCGGAGCUCAGCUGAAAACUUCUGACGUGAUUUACACUGGAGCUGAUAGAUAUAGGCUUAGGACUAUUGCAAUGGGAACAGUCCAUCUACAGCUAGGGAUUAUUACUAGAAAUUUUGACAAGUUUGGCAUAGAAUGUUAAAAUGACACAGCAAAUAUUAUAUAAAACGAAAGCUUGUUUUAAAGGUAACGCUUACAGCUAUUUUGCACUUAAGGGCUGGCCACGCUGCUGCAAAAUGUAAAUAUGUGUAAAUUAUUGUUCAUAGAUCUGACUUCAAGAUAUUGUAUUAAAGUUAUAACCAAG